UGACAAGCUACUCGCAAAUCAGCUGUUAUAGCGCAUUCUAACUCGUAUGUAAAUAAUUCUUUAAAAAAUACUUUUUAAAUAUAUAAUAGUUUUAGAAAAAAGAGUAAUCAUUUAGGAGUAUGAAUGACAUAAAACGUUUAAAGGAUCAACAACGCGAUAAACAUCCUGGUUUUGACUCAUAUAUAAAUUGCAUGACUAGAGCGCUUUUCUCAGGUCUUGCUUCGUUUUGCUUGACUUUUUCAGGGAGUUACUUUGCACAAAAAGUUGUACGUACAAAAAUUAACUACCCUAUUCAAUACAGCGUGCUAGUGUCGGCAUUAGCGGCUAUUAGUGUAUCCUAUAUGACCACUACAACGCGCACUAAAGCUUGUCAAGCAUCUUGGAUGGCAGCGGAAGAUAAGCAUUCUGUGCUGAAAGAAGACACUUAUUAAAGGAGUUAAAGUGAAAUUAAAAAAAAAGAUAUAAUAUAUAUAACAUACACUAUUUAUUAAUUAUAUUUGAAUAUAUUAUUA